GUCUGCCUCAUCCCAACACGAGUGAUCGACCGACAGAGAUGGGAGAGAAAACCCAGGUGAUAUUCAGUGCACUGGCAGAGCAUGGUGGGGCCUAUGGACCCUUCAACACAGACAAAACUGUGGUUUACAACAGAGUGAUUACAAACCUUGGUUGUGCCUACAAUAACACUACAGGUAUCUUCAGUGCUUCUGUUGCAGGUUUUUAUUAUUUUACCUUCUUCUAUCAUGCUGGAGGAGAACAUCAAUCAGGGCUGUUGCUGUUCAAGAACGGCGACCUCAUUGUCAGGACAACUGAUCACAAAACAAGCGCUGACACAGCUGAUAAUGGAGGAAAUGCAGUAUUCGUGCAGCUGCAGAAAGGGGACGAGGUGUAUGUGUCCCUGAAAAAAGAUUCUCAUGUUUGGGCAGCCGAACGCCAUACCACCUUCAGUGGUUUUCUGGUCACUCAACUGUGAGAAUCGAUGAUUUCAGAAAGAUGAUUUUAAAAACCUGAGAUCAAUGAUGCAUCUACUAUAUUACCAAUACAAUUUUAAUUUUACCCAUUUGAUAUUACUUACUCGUGGCCUUUCCCUUUUCACCAUCCACAGGGGAAACUAAAUCAAAAUGGCCAUUUUAUUGUUGGUUCUGUCCAACACUCGAGGGGAACAAUACAACAGCUUACAACAACCUUAGACAGGUUGGAUGUUUCCAAAUGUUUCCUUUUUACGAGAGGCUCAGUGGGGUUACCUUGGUUUUGCACUUCUGGUCAGAUGCUAGCUGCAUUUCGUUGGCUAUGUACCUGAACUUGCUCAUUGGCAAGAAAGUUGAAUCUAUUCUACAAUAAUCGAAUUAAAUUUACCAGAUAAAAUUCAA